AUGUACAAACUGGCAAGCUCCUACCGUUUUCACUUCUUCCUUUACUUCCUGGCUGAUGUGCUUGAGCAGCUCAACAUUUUGAACAAGACCUUCCAGCAGAAACAGCUCGAUCUGGUGUCUUUGCAUGCGCAGAUCAAGCGGACAACGCGUCACAUCGAGAGCCGCUACGUGGACUGCGGCGAUGACUUCGGCGGCGGCAUGAGCCAGUGGCUGUCACCUUUCCUGCUGCGCCAUGGCCCGGGGUUGUAG